GUUUUCUUCCUGUUUUAGAAAAGAAGCAUGGCAGCGAGAAGUAGCAAUGACUUUCAGCUUGUUAUUCCUGAAAGAGGUGAAAGAGUUAAGAUUAAUUCGGGAUCUACUCUCACUGUGUCGUGCCACUUGUCUCCUGCACUCACUGCCGUAGACAUGGAGAUUACUUGGUUUGGCGAGAUGUCUUGUAUUUGUGCCUAUAAGAACCGAGAGAUGACACAGAGUGUUGGCUAUGAGGGCAGAGCGAGUCUGUUCAUUAAUGACCUGCCGAGAGGGAAUGUGUCUUUAAGAGUGGCAGACUUCAGAGAGUCAGAUCUGGGAGUUUACAUAUGCCGAGUCAUCAGUAGAAAUGAAACCCAGCAAAUAACAGUAAAUGUAGCAGAAGAAGUCUCUGCCAUUUUCAAGGACCAGAGCUUCUUUACAGUGAAUCACAAAAUGGGAGAAAGCAACAAGUUGUCAGAGCAUCACUGUGAUUCAGACAAUCAGCUUGAGAAUUACAAGAUUGAAGAGGCAAUAUAUCAAUUAUCAAUCCACUCUGCAUAUCACAGUGCUUCAGGGAAGGAUCAGCGUAAGGAUUACAAGGGAGAAACAGACAACAAAUUAUCAUCACAGUACAUCAAAUCAGAUCUAAGCCAUCUAGAUGAGCAGCCUGGGGAUAACAGAAUGGGAAUCAAAAGCAAAGAUUUUUUGAGCCAAGCUUCAUAUCACAAUGAACCAAACGAGAGCCAGCAUGGGAUGGAAGUCUUGAACAAGAACUUUCAGCUUUUUGUUCCCAGUACAACAGAAGAACCAGAGUUUUCUUUGGGGUCUGAUUUGAUUAUUCCAUGUUACUUGUCUCCUGAAAUCAGCGCUGUUGACAUGGAGAUCAGUUGGUCUAACGAUACAGCCUGUGUUUGCCUGUAUAAGGACCGGCAGGUGACAGAAGGAGUUUUGUUCAAGGACAGAGCGAGUCUGUUCACUCACAAGCUUAGGGAAGGAAAUGUGUCCUUACAACUGAAAAACUUCAGGCUGUCAGAUAUUGGAAAUUACCAUUGUCAGGUCAUCAGUAAAGACAGAAGAGAGAAGAUAACAGUAAGAGUGAGGAUACAUCCUGGUGUGCAGUCUAUGAGUCAGUCACCAAUAUUUCCAGAAGGAAAUCAGGAUGAAAGGACAAGAGAACCAACUAACAGUAAGUUGUCUUAA